AUGCUCCUUUGGGGGCCUCUGUUCUGGCAUCGUCUAGAGCCACCGAAAAGGGGCCUGCAGAUUGCUAUUCCAGCUCCCGGACCAUCCGAGGCAGCCUUCUUCGACACCAGAGCAAGUGCGAGAGGCAUGCGAGCUCUGCCAGCAUUUUUUGCAGAAGUACCGCAGCCCUCUGCUGAGCUGGCCCGGAAGCUGGUGGGCGCAGAGGCCCCAGCAGUUCAACGGUUGGGCUUCCAGCUUGCUUCAGCCUGGAUUCAGUCACAGCUUGCUCAGACAAAGAGGCCAGCUGGACCAGAGUGGACAUCGGCCAAGGCAUGGCUGUUGGAGUUAUCACGCUCAGAGCAGUGGAGUCUUCCCAGCACCCCUGGAUAUGUUCGACGGAAAUGUGCUGAGGUCAUCGCUUGCAUUGCUCGGUUGGACUGGCCGAGUGCCUGGCCAGAGCUUACUCCCGCGCUGCUCACGUCGCGCUCUGUGGGCCCCACUCUUGUGAGCCUGGGUGUGUGGGCACAGCUCGCCGAGUCGGUGGUGGAGGACACUAAAGACAUGGCCCUGCAGCGCCGGCACGAAGUUGCCGCGGCCAUGACGGAUCUCUUCGAGAAGCCUCCAGGAGCCCCGGCUUUGGUGGAGUCCAUCCAGUCUGCACUGCAGCGCUUUGGGGGCGAGAGUCAGGUGGUGCAGGAAGUUCUCACGCUUUGCCGCGCCUUGCCCUGCGCGGUUCCCGUGAAGUUUCUGCUUCGCCACAGCUUCGACAAGAUCGUUCAGAUCGGCUUCCAGUCUACUGAAAGCCGAGAGCUUGCAGUCACUGUGCUGGCAUCCUGGGCAGAACAGCUGGGAACGCAGAAGCCCUCGGGCAAGGGCUCCGGAGGCAAAGGUGAAUCCACGGCGCCUGCCACCCACGACACUUGCCGUCUGGCGGCAAUGAUUGCACGACUCGUGGAAGAGUGCAAGUUCGACGUCGAGAGGCCCCAGAGCUAUGGUUACCAUCAGCAGGUCGGCCGAGUACUCUCUGACCUGUGCAGCUUCAACGCAGCCGGCUUCGGUGAAGUCCUGCCUCCUGCUGAGAUGGGCACACUUUGGAAGGCGCUUCUCUUCCUCCUCCGCUACCCUUCUGCAUCUCUGCAGAUCGAUUCCUUGACAAGCAUGAUCGCCUUGGCCCGGCACGCGCCCACAUCCGGCGCCGCCUCCCGGCCCCCACUGGAAGCGCUGGUCGGCCUCUUGCACGUGGCCGUCCUGAAGACGGACCUGGUCGCUGAGAGCUCCAGGGAUCAUUCGGAGCGAAGCGCUUGGCUGCUUCGAUGCCUGGGCCCUGCUUCGAGCCUCAGGAGCCCCACGUCCAUAGCGGAGUGGUUCGAGUGGAUGGCCGUGUCUGCCAGUUUCGAUGAAGUGGAGACGACCUCUUCUGGAGAAGCAGUCAAGGCUCACAAGGUCGGCAUGGUCCGCACACUCGGCCGCGAGCUCCUGGGGGAGAUCUGCCGGCCUGGCACUGCCGGCGAAGGGGAAGGCUUCGCGGCGCUUUGCCGCUUUGCCGGAUCGCUGGUCGCAAGGGCUUUGGCUGGCGACGCGACUGCCAGUUGGGCAGAAGAAUACGACAGUGCCCUAGUUCUGGUGGAAGCCACAAGCCUCGAGGCGCUGAAGUUUGCCCAGAAGAACUCCCUGGAUCUGGAAGGUGUCUCCAAGCCCCUGCUGCACUUUCUGCAGCAGGUCUGCGUGGAAGGGGCCACCUUCCACCCUGCCAUUGAGCAUCGAAGGCUCGAGUUUCUCUCCACCUGCAGCCCCUUCUUCAAGCUCUGGGCCGAGGAUGUGCUGCGAGAUGCGCUGGCGCGAACCCUGGCGCCCAUCCGGACACCCCACCCUGAGGCUCAGAAGGCCCACCAGCGCGGCAUCAAGCUCGAGCAGAGGGCCUUGGGCACCUUCGUGGCCAUCUGCAAGUCGGGCGCCCUGGGUGCCAACCAGCUCGAGGCGCUGAACCAGGAGUGCACGCAGCUGGCGGGCAGCGUCUCCUCCGCGCACGCGCGGGGCCAGCUAGUGGAGGCCCUGGCGCUGGCGUGUGCAUCCUGCCCGGAUCUGGAAAAGCAGCGGCAAGCGCAGCUAUUCAACGGAGUCCUUGAGCAAGGGACGGCCGCCUGGUUGGGCUCGGAGAUUGCGUCCAUCGAUGCGCAAGGUUUGCUGAGCAUGCUCUUGACCGCUGCCCGCGAGUCCCCACCAAUGGCAGAUUUCAAGCUGGAAGAGCCCAAUCUGGCCAAGCUGAGGGACGCAAGGACAUUGCUUUCGAGCUUCUGCGGCGUCGUUUCCCGCACUGCUCCGAAAGUCUUGGAACCCAGCCUGCCCGAUCCAGUGGUGAAAGACUGGGCACCCGGCAUUUUCCGACUGCUGCAAACCAUGGCCAACUUGUACGUCGAGGCAGCUGCCGGCGAUGAGCUGGCGCGGCUUCUGGUGUUCUUCCCGGCGAAGCCGGAGUUAGAGGGCAUGUUAGGCCGGUAUCUGGGCUCGGACGAGGAGAAGGAGAUCAUGGAGAAGUUCUCCGGCGGUCUCAACCCUCGCUGGGUCCAGGCCAUCCGGGGCCUGGUGCAUGAGCUCCGGGGUCAUGCGGCCAAAGCGGGCCGUGCAUGCAUGGCGUGCCACGGAUUCUGGGAGCUGGGUGAGUCCGUGGUCUGGUUGAAAGAUGUGGCGCACAGCAUCACUGGGGUGCGGCCCCAUGCCGCCGAGCUCUACUUGCGGGAGCUCUUUACGCCCUUGGUGAAAAAUUCUGCGCUCAUGCAAGAUGUGCGGCUUGGGGACUUCAGCAAGGCCUUUCUGCCUGCCCUGAUCAAAGGCAUCUCCACACAGCUGCAAGAGGCCUGGGCUGUGAAACCCACCGAAGAGUCAGCGGUGGUAAAGAUGAGUGUGGCCGGCGUAUAUCCAUGGCUCGACCCCGCCCACGCAGCCUCGGUCGUGUCCUUCUCCCGCGCGGCAGUUCCCCGACUGUUCAGCGCAGACUAG